AUGGUGCACCACCAGCUCGAUCGCCUGUUCACACCCACCCGAGCUCGACGUGUGGGCUCCACGAGCACAUCGUCGAUCCCCAUCCUCAUCGUCGUCUUCUGUGUAAUCGUAAUCGAAAUUAGCGGUAGCAGCAGACGAGACACCAUUAGAGCUGGAGUGAAUCAAGGCAAGCACAACGAAGUUCUUGCAGAGGGCCUAAACGGAGUUCCUGACAACUGUGACAUAGCAGCAGUAGGGGCAGACGAAGGUAGUAUCCGGACACGAAGAGAACAUUUUGGACAAGCAGUUCUUGCAGAAGCCAUGGCCACACUAAAGCUGUUCAAGCAGGAAAUCUCACUGGGAGGGAUCUCCAAGCUGGUGAGGACGUACCCACAAUUUCUUAACUCCAAUCCGGAGAAAACCCUUUUGCCGAAGCUUGAGUUUUCCACUUCGCUUGGAGUUUCAGAGGAGGACCUUGCAACAACUCUGGGUAAUGAACCGAUUCUUUUGGCAAGAAGCUUGGAGAAACAGAUUCUACCCACUUACAAUUUCCUCAGGAGUAUGAUUUCGGGGGGAAAAAUUGCUUCAGUUUUCAGGCACUGCACGCGGAUUUUCUUGGAAGGCCACUCUAAGAAUGUUGAGCCAAAUAUUGGGAUCUUAAGAGAAUCAGGUAUGCCCCAAUCAUGUAUUUCUCUGAUGGUAGCUCAUUUUACCCUUGCUUUGAUGCAAAACCGUAAAAAGUUUGCUCAAGUUGUGGGUGAGGUUAAGCAAAUGGGUUUUGAUAUGGAAAAAUCAAUGUCUGUGAUGGCUAUAAAAGCUUUGAGUAGUGCCAAUAGUAAGUCCAUAUGGACUCGAAAUUGCGAAGUUUAUAAGAGGUGGGGUUGGUCUGAGGAUGAUGUUCUCUCUGCUUUCAAGCGGCACCCAGUUUGUAUGACCAGGUCGGAGAAGAAGAUAAUGCAAGUCAUGGAAUUUGUAGUGAACAAGAUGGGAUUGUCUUCGCAAAUGAUUGUCAAAGCCCCGGUGAUCAUGGGUUACAGUUAG